CCGUGACCGACCCGGCGGCUCCGAGUGCAUGUCUCUGGAAUUCAGCGUCAGCGUUCAAACACCGACACAACCAACUGAAGCCCCUCAGCUGAGCGCUACUACAUACUUUAACAUUCGAGCUUGUAAAAAAAGUUCGUUAAAGUUAACUUUUCUGUCUGUAGGAACUCACCUUGGGACUCGGGAGGAGAUGCGUCGCUGCCAUCCUGGUCCGCCAUUUCUCCUGACGUCAGCUGAGCUGAGAGGGAUCAGCGGCAGGAACCCGAGACAGGCCGGGCACCCUCCCACGGGCAGGUGGAGGAAGACAGGCAAACAGGCCUACCUAAUCUAAAGGAUUACCCCCCCUCUGGACCUCCAGUAAAAUGGCUACUGAUUGGUGUACAGAAAAUUGAAACCAUGGCAACCAGCUGUUUGGCAAUUCCUCUGAUGGAGGAGACAGGAGAAGAUUUUGGCCUGGAAGUGAUGGCUCUGCUCUCCGUCCUCACGCCUGUCCUGGCGGUGGUCCUGUGCCUGGUGAUAGGCUUCAUACUGCUGGGGUCACGGGAGACGAAGACCACCUCGACCUCCACGGGAAAAACCGAAGGUGCUUCAAAAGCGGACUUUAGACCGUGGGUGGACCAGGACUUACAGGACGAUACAGAAAUCACAGCAAAAGAGGACGAGGAUGGUGAUUGGGCGGACAGCAAUGAGGAUGAAGACCUUUUACAUGUGCCUUACUCACCACCACGUUACCCCGAGGAGACGAUGCUGGCGAGAUCCAAGGAUUUGUACACGCUGAUGAACCAGCGGAGGUCUGUCCGAUUCAUCAGCCCAGAGCCGUUCCCACAGGAAGUCAUCGAUAAUGUCAUCCGCACUGCAGGUACGGCCCCUAGUGGAGCACACACAGAACCCUGGACGUUUGUCGUUGUGUCAGACCCAGAAACGAAGCACCAGAUCAGACGGAUAGUGGAAGAAGAGGAGGAGGUCAACUAUCGUCAGAGGAUGGGGGACAAGUGGGUCCAUGAUUUGGCCAAGUUAAAGACAAACUGGAUCAAGGAGUACUUGGAUGUUGCCCCAUAUCUAGUCCUUGUCUUCAAACAGACCUAUGGGAUUCUACCAAAUGGCAAGAAAAGGACACAUUACUACAACGAAAUCAGUGUCUCCAUAUCCUGUGGACUACUGUUGGCUGCAUUACAGAACGUGGGUCUUGUCACCGUCACAACGACGCCCCUAAACUGUGGCCCCCAGCUCAGGCUCCUCCUCAAACGGCCAGCCAAUGAGAAGCUGUUGAUUUUACUUCCUGUAGGUUAUCCUGCUUCUGACGCUACAGUCCCUGACUUAAAACGCAAGCCGCUGGAUGAUAUUAUGGUGCACAUAUAACAAAAUCAGUCUGCAGAGAAUGUUUUUUUCUCCAUCAUCUUCUUUGCCCACAGCUGAAAACAUAUAACCUAAUGUGAUUAGAAAUGUUUUAAAAUGGAUGCCAUCAAUCUCUUUAUAGACUUGAAAAUAAACGCCUGAUUGACAAGAAUAGUUUAAUAUGCCAUUACUUUUAUUUUAAAGGGAAUGUAGCCCUAUACUGUUUAAUUCUGCUAUGUCCAGAGUUAAUAAAUGGGGAAAUUGAAAUUGUUGAGUUUCUCUUAGUAGAACUACUAUUUGAUGCAAACAAUAAACAUUUAAUAAAGGUAA